AUGGGUUGCAGUCGAUCCAGAAUUUAUCACGAUACUGAAGUGGGUAUUGAUCAUAAAGAUCUUAAAUUGACAACAUUUGAAAGGCAAACAGAUGAUAUUGUUUUUGAUUUGGAUACAGAUAAUGAUCAGCGUGGAAGGAUUGCGGUCGAUUGUAUUUUUAGGCCUACCAGAGAAAUUUAUGGACAACGAGCAUCAGAUAUGAUUGAACAACAACUUAUUGUAUGGUCAAAAUACGAAUUCGAAGGGAAAAUUCAUCUAAUAAAUUCAGGAAUUAAAUUUCGAAAACGACCAUUUCCACAUGAUUUUCCGGCAUUCGCACAUGAAAAACCAGCAGCUGAAUUAGCGCAAUUAAGUCGACUUCAUCUCUCAAAUCAAUUGUUGCAAACACCUGCCGAAAGUACCGGUUUGACAAAAAUUCGCGAGACAAGUGAGAAAGAAAUUAUUGAAGAUAUUGCAAAAAAGAAAUGA